AUGCAGCCGCCGCGCGAAGACCUCGCACCGCCGAAGGACGACCCGUACACGCUCGAGCAGCUGAAAGCGUUCGACGGGUCCGACCCGUCCAAGCCCAUCUACGUCUCCAUCAAAGGCACGGUCUUCGACGUGACGCACAAGAAGGACGUGUACGGCCCGGGCAAGUCGUACCACAUCUUCGCGGGCAAGGACGGGAGCAGGGGCCUGGGCAUGUCGAGCCUCAACGCGGAGGACGCGGUCCCGGACUACAGCGCCCUGCCCGAGAACGAGAUGAAGGUCCUCGACGACUGGCACAGCUUCUUCUCGAAGCGGUAUAAUAUUGUCGGGAAGGUUGUGGAUCUGCCAGAGGCUGUGGCGCCCAAGUUGUAG